AAGCGCAAGUACGUUUGCUCACACUCCGAUUGCGGCAAGGCUUUCACGACCAGUGGCCACUUGUCGCGGCAUUACAGAAUCCACACGGGUGAGAAAAACUACCAAUGCCUUUACCCUGGAUGCUGCAGCCGGUUCUCGCGCCAGGACAACAUGAUGCAGCACUACCGCACGCACUUGUCACCGCGCAGCCGUCGCACGCGU